AGGGCAAUGGAGGGCUGCUCUGUUUCAAUGGGCUGAGGGCUGGCUUUUGAGUUGGUUGCUGCUGUUUUUGAGUGUUGUUUUAAUUAUAAUAGAGGGUCGAAAAGAAAAACUAUCAAAUCUUAAAGGAGCAUACGUCGACAAGCGGAUAUCGAUGAUGUGGUCGCAUCUAUUGAUAUGAGUUCUCUUGAACGUGACCCGUCCUUGCGUACACCAAUAUGGAAAUGUCUCGUCGAUUAAAGAAUCGGAUAUCGUAAUUUCAUUAGCCCCAGUCACGCGGAUGGAUCAAGUAACACAAGAAGUUGAGAAAGUUAAAAGGGAUUUCCACGAAACGUACGACCAAACAGUGAAACACAUUGAUUCGAUCCAAGAAUACGGGAUAAAAUCAAGGAUUGGCAAUCCAGGUGAAUCGGAAAAGAUAGAUUCUCUGCCCAGAUUGAAUGGGCUGGCUCAAGAUGGCCUCAACACGCUUCAAUCACUACAGUUUAACCUUGAUCUUCUUGCCCCUCAACUUCCCUUCGUUGACGACGCUGAAAAAGCGCAAUCGUUGGCUCAGUUAUGGGAGAAACAAAUCCAGAGUUUGCGGCUGAGUUUAAGGAAUGCUAAUUUGCAAGCAAAGGCAAACAUGAAGAAAACUGCUCAGCAAGAGAGAGAGCUUCUUUUGGGAGGUGGGGAAGAGUCUACAACUCGAAGGCGCAAUCUUCAGACGAAAGCAGGAAUGACUUCUGCUGCUGAGAGCAUUACAGAAAGCCUUCGACGUACACGCCAGCUCAUGGUUCAGGAGGUUGAGAGGAGUACAAGCACCCUCAUGACUUUCGAGGAAUCGACAGGAGUAUUGAGAAAAGCCGAAAGCGAAUAUAAGGGCCAUCGCUCUUUGCUCUCUCGAACCCGAGGCCUUCUCUCCACCAUGCAACAUGACUGGAAUUUGUUUGCAAUUAUAGUGAUAAUUGUGAUCGUGUUUCUUCUUUUCUCGUUGGCUGUGCUGUAUGUAGUUUCAAAGCGCAUUGGUAUUCUGAAGUUGCAGAGAAAAGUGAUUACUGCUGUGAAAGCUGGGAUGGCCGGUCAAGGAGAGAUUAUGGCGCCUUUGGUCGGUAGGGCUGAUAUGAAUGCUAAUCCUGAGUUGAAUGGUCCGUUAGAACAAGUUAUGCAUGACGAACUUUGAACGUCUGAGUUAAACGUUUAAUUCCGUAUUUGUAAGCAUGUAGAAUUUUCACAAAGGAUUGUACAAAUAUGUUUCUGUUUCACAAUUAGGUAUCUCCAACUGAUGUUACUUACAUAGCAAAUACGAAAUCAGAAUGGGGCAGUUGUGUUUUUCACUUUCUGUAUAGAAUGUGAAAGAAAUCCGAGUGAAAGGGACUGUUGUUUUUCUUUCAUCGACGAAAAAAUUCUUGCAAGAUCG